CACAAGCCAGCUGGUCUCUUUUGCUCUCCUCUUUUAUCUUGGUAAAUACAAAGGCUUUAACGCACUAUGAAGAACAGAGCCCAGGCUGUGAACUCAGGCAGUAAAGAAGGAAAGCGAACGCAAGACAGAGAGAGAGAGUGUGUGAAGGAGAGAGAGGUGUAUUCAGAAAUGAAGUGAUUUGGAGCAGCAUUUGCUUGGCUGUUUCAGAAGCAGCACUGAGACCUGAAUAGCACUACGCGACACAAAAGGCGUGGCUGCUAUCAAGCCACCAAUUUAGAAAUUGCUCUGAAGGAGAAAAUGCAACAAUAACAGCAACAGUGUCAGGCAAGCAGACUGCGACUCCCGUGCUGACCUGAUGGGAAACUGUUGAGCUUCAGAUGAAUCAGGUCUGGGCUGUCUAAAAAACCUCUCAUUUUGGAAAUGGCUAAGAAAAAGUGGGGUAGCCGGGGGGAGGUGGAGAGAGGGUGUUCCACACGGGACGACGCGUCAGGACGGGGUGCCAGUCGCGGACGUUUCACCGAGUCCUGGAAGAGGUUAAGCUCAAGACAGGGGUCGACGAAGCGGUCAGGGCUUUCUUCUCAACAGACACUGGCACAAAAAUCCUGGAUAGAGAGGGCGUUCAGCAAGCGAGAAUGUGUGCAUAUCAUAGUGAGCGCAAAAGACCACUAUAGGUGCUGCUGCGGACGUCUUAUAGGACAGCAUGUUGGACUUCCCCCGAGCAUCUCAUCCAGUCAGAAUGACAAAAAUGAAAGGCUCGCCAAAAACGACAGCUUACCGGAGAAAUGGUCGAUCAGCAAGCACACACAGCUCAGCCCCACGGAUGCAUUUGGAACCAUCGAAUUCCAAGGAGGUGGACAUUCAAACAAAGCAAUGUAUGUCCGUGUUUCAUACGACACCAAGCCCGAUCUCCUGUUGCACCUGAUGACUAAAGAGUGGCAGCUUGAUCUUCCUAAGCUAUUGAUCUCUGUCCACGGGGGACUGCAGAAUUUUGAACUGCAACCAAAACUCAAGCAGGUCUUUGGGAAGGGUCUGAUCAAGGCUGCUAUGACAACUGGAGCUUGGAUCUUCACUGGUGGUGUAAAUACAGGGGUCAUCCGUCAUGUUGGAGAUGCAUUAAAAGACCAUGCUUCCAAAUCAAGAGGGAAAAUCUGCACUAUUGGAAUUGCUCCCUGGGGAAUAGUGGAGAACCAAGAAGAUCUCAUUGGGAAAGACGUAGUCAGGCCGUACCAGACGAUGUCAAACCCUUUGAGCAAGCUAACAGUUCUGAACAGCCUGCACUCUCACUUCAUACUGGCUGACAAUGGUACAACAGGGAAGUACGGUGCUGAAGUGAAGCUUCGCAGACAACUAGAGAAACACAUUUCGCUUCAGAAAAUCAACACCAGAAUUGGGCAAGGAGUCCCUGUGGUAGCUCUCAUUGUAGAAGGCGGACCUAAUGUCAUCUCCAUUGUCCUUGAGUACCUGAGGGACACCCCUCCUGUGCCAGUUGUCGUCUGCGAUGGCAGUGGGCGUGCCUCAGACAUUCUGGCCUUUGGGCACAAAUAUUCAGAGGAAGGAGGGGUCAUCAAUGAGUCUUUGAGGGAUCAGCUGCUUGUCACCAUUCAGAAGACCUUCAACUACAGCCGUACUCAGGCUCAGCACCUCUUCAUCAUACUAAUGGAAUGCAUGAAGAAAAAAGAGCUGAUAACUGUGUUCAGAAUGGGGUCAGAGGGACAUCAGGACAUUGACUUGGCCAUCCUAACAGCUCUUCUGAAAGGAGCAAAUGCCUCUGCCCCAGACCAGCUGAGCUUAGCCUUGGCCUGGAACAGAGUGGACAUAGCCCGCAGUCAGAUCUUUAUUUAUGGACAACAGUGGCCGGUGGGAUCCUUAGAGCAGUCCAUGCUUGAUGCCCUGGUGUUAGACAGAGUGGAUUUUGUGAAGCUGCUGAUAGAGAAUGGGGUCAGCAUGCAUCGCUUCCUCACCAUCUCCAGGCUUGAGGAACUGUACAACACGAGACAUGGUCCAUCAAACACUUUAUACCAUCUAGUCAGAGACGUCAAAAAGCAAGAAUAUCCAGGGUUCGGUUGGAUCUAUUUCAAGGGGAACCUUCCUCCAGACUACAGGAUCAGUCUGAUCGACAUCGGGCUUGUCAUUGAAUAUUUAAUGGGAGGAGCAUAUCGCUGCAAUUACACAAGGAAAAGAUUUCGAACUCUUUACCACAAUCUCUUCGGCCCCAAGAGACCAAAGGCUCUGAAGUUACUGGGAAUGGAGGAUGACUUGCCUAUGAGGCGAGGAAGACAGAAGACCACUAGGAAGAGGGAAGAGGAGGUGGACAUCGAUCUUGAUGACCCGGAAAUCAAUCAUUUCCCCUUCCCCUUCCAUGAGCUCAUGGUGUGGGCGGUGCUGAUGAAGCGGCAGAAGAUGGCUCUGUUUUUCUGGCAGCACGGAGAAGAGGCGAUGGCCAAGGCCCUGGUGGCCUGCAAGCUCUGCAAAGCCAUGGCUCACGAGGCCUCCGAAAAUGACAUGGUUGAUGACAUCUCACAGGAGUUAAACCACAAUUCCAGGGAGUUUGGUCAGCUGGCAGUGGAGCUAUUAGACCAAUCCUACAAGCAGGAUGAGCAGAUGGCCAUGAAGUUGCUCACCUAUGAGCUGAAGAACUGGAGCAAUGCCACCUGCCUCCAGCUGGCUGUGGCAGCCAAACACAGGGACUUCAUUGCACACACCUGUAGCCAGAUGCUGCUGACGGACAUGUGGAUGGGCAGGCUGCGCAUGAGGAAGAACUCUGGGCUGAAGGUCAUACUAGGACUGCUAUUGCCUCCCUCUAUUCUGAGUCUGGAAUUUAAGAACAAGGACGAGAUGUCCUACAUGCCCCAGGACCAAGAGGCCUACCUGCAGGAAAAAGAGACCGAAGAGCCAGAGAAGCCGGUGAAAGAGAAGGAGGAGGAAGACAUGGAGUUCACAGUAAGAUCAUACUGUGGGACGCAGUACAACGCCGUGGCCAUGCUGGGAAAAGUAAACAAGGAAUCUUCCAGAAAAAAAGAUGUGGAGGAAGUCCAAACCAGACACAGGUUCAUACCGCUUGGGAGGAAAAUCUAUGAGUUUUACAAUGCGCCCAUUGUCAAAUUUUGGUUCCAUACAAUGGCUUAUGUUGGCUACCUGAUGCUGUUCAAUUACAUUGUACUAGUGAAGAUGGACCUGUGGCCUUCACCUCAAGAGUGGAUUGUAAUUGCGUAUAUUUUUACAAAUGGGAUAGAGAAAAUGAGAGAGAUCCUCAUGUCUGAGCCGGGGAAGCUGCUACAGAAAGUGAAGGUGUGGCUGCAAGAAUACUGGAACAUCACUGAUCUCAUGGCAAUCCUGAUCUUUUCUGUGGGCUUGGUACUGCGCCUGCAGGAUCCUCCUUUCAUGAGCUACGGCCGAGUCAUCUACUGUGUCAAUAUCAUCUAUUGGUACAUCAGGCUGCUGGACAUUUUUGGAGUCAAUAAAUAUCUGGGCCCAUAUGUCAUGAUGAUAGGGAAGAUGAUGAUUGAUAUGAUGUAUUUUGUCAUUAUUAUGCUGGUGGUCCUGAUGAGCUUUGGAGUUGCACGCCAAGCAAUUCUGAACCCCAAUGAGGAUCCUUCCUGGAUGCUGGCCAGGAAUAUAUUUUUUAUGCCAUACUGGAUGAUUUAUGGAGAGGUGUUUGCAGAUCAGAUAGACCAUGAAGUGAAUAGUAGGAAGCCACGGUACAGACCGAAUGAAAAAAUCUGGCUGAUCUACUUUCGAAGUCUUGGAACGUGGCGUAACAAUGCUCCGUGCGGCCAGAACAUUACAGCAGAGGAUGGGACUUACGUAACACUUCCUCCCUGUAAAACAGGUGCUUGGAUAGUGCCAGCCAUAAUGGCUUGUUAUCUCUUAGUUGCCAACAUCCUCUUGGUAAAUCUUCUAAUAGCAGUGUUCAAUAACACCUUCUUUGAGGUGAAAUCCAUCUCCAAUCAGGUGUGGAAGUUUCAGAGGUACCAGCUCAUCAUGACGUUUCAUGAAAGGCCCGUUUUGCCACCCCCUCUCAUCAUCUUAAGCCACAUGACUAUGGUCUUAAAGCACCUGUGCUGCCGUUGGAGGAAACACGAUGAUCAAGAUGAAAGGGACUACGGACUGAAAUUGUUCAUCACAGAAGAUGAGCUAAAAAAAGUACACGACUUUGAAGAGCAGUGCAUAGAGGAAUACUUCAGAGAAAAGGACGACCGCUUUAACUCUUCAAAUGACGAAAGGAUCAGGGUAACUUCUGAAAGAGUUGAAAACAUGGCCAUGCGUUUGGAGGAAGUCAACGAGCGAGAGCACUUUAUGAAGGCCUCCUUGCAAACUGUGGAUAUCAGGCUAGCCCAGAUGGAAGAGAUCAUCGGGCGCAUGGCUUCUGCGCUGGAGAAAGUAGCCGGCGUGGAGAGGGGUGAAAUGAAUAAGACCAGGUCUAGGACCUCCUCAGACUGCACUGACACUGCCUACAUCCUGCGACAGAGCAGCUUCAACAGCCAGGAAGGCAAUGCCUACAAGAUCCAAGAAGCCAUUGAACAGAUAGGAGAGGAGUCCAUAUCCCCCACUUCACCCACCAUCAUUCCUCGCAUGAGAAGUCACUCCUUUUAUGUAGGGGGCUCCAGGGAGAAGAGUGGAAUAGACAAAAUUGAGGGCUUUUUCAAAGAGAGAUCCCUGAGUCUGCACAGAGCCAGCAGCUCGCAGUCUGUGGCCGCUUCCAAAGAGCCCAAGCCUGUGCCACUACCCAUCAACACACUGUCAGUGACCCAUGACUCCAGAAGGCCUUCCUCUUGUAUUGACAUUUACGUCUCAGCCUCUGAUGAGUCCCACCCUGCGCCUGAGACUGACAGCGCACCGCUGAGGUUGCCACUGCAGAGAGAUUCCUCUUUGCAGUCAGAAAUCAUGGAGGCUGUCCUGACCUACAGCGCAGUGACUGAUAAGUGUUCUGAGGCAACAGGAGUUUUUGAAGACAGUGCAGCCGUAGACCUUUCAAUGGGCUCUUCCCAUGUCACUGAAAGUCUCCAGCACUGGGACUUGGACCCUCCUCAGCAUCUGGAACGCUCAAAAAGCAGUCGCUACCUGUCUGCUGCACCCCUCUUCCUUGAAGACACGCCCAUGGUCAAAUCCCACAGUCUCAUGUUCACACCCAGGGGCUAUUAUGGAGGCCUCGGUGUCCAGGUGAAAGCCGCAGAGUACACCAGUAUUACUGACUGUAUUGACACUCGUUGCGUUUCUGCCUGUCCUGCCAGCACGCAGCGCUCUGGCUCUCCCGGCGGCUCCUUCGAGAAGCCCCAGGAUCUGAGUAUUUCUCAUCCUGAAAGGGAGGCCGAGCUGAGCCAUCCAGGGUCGGACAACGAGGAGCCUGAACCCGAGCCCAGGAGAGGGGGCUUCGGCCCAGGCAGUACCCUGAUGGGACCGUUGUGCGGGCCACGGUCUAGACUGGAGCGAGCAAACAGCUGCUCCUCCGAAGACUCACACACAACAAACGCGCACACUAGGAAAAGCUUCUCUAUAAGCGAUAAAAUGGACAGGCAAAGGAACUCACGGAAUCCCUUUCAGAGGAGCAAGUCAGCCAAGCCAGAAGGCAAGACAGACAGCUUCUCGAUGAGAAAGCUGACAAAGACAUCAGCUUUCCGCAGUUUUGACAGCAGGCAGAAUUACACAUAAUGAAUUGUGUUUUGUGCUUCCUUACAUACACCAAAAUAUUAUUCUGGGGUGCGAUGUCCACCCUUUUAGUUGUUUUUGAACCCUACGGCAUAUGUUUCAGAAUGCCUGCUUAACCAUAUACUUAUGUAGUUUUUCAAUCUCCCAACUAUCUAUUAGGAAUGAAGUUACAAUGCCUCAAACCAAACGUGUUUAGCAGAUAGAAUAUGAAACAGGAAAUGACAAUCAUAGUCUGUUUUUCUUUGUCUGUUGUGUGAUCCAGACAAUUUGAAGUGUUAAAUAAUCUUCUGAUCAAGCCUCAACACUUUGCUUAUGCUUCUCAAUGUUUCCACGGCUUAAUUCAGUCAAGUAUUUGGUAUGCAACUGGAUGAUUACACUCUAGUCAUUUUGGUGUCUGAGGACGUUCUGGAAGCAAGAAUACAAAUUGCUAUGUUAAUCUAUUUUUUGCACAAAAAUACCAUUAAGUCAAUUCAGUCCGUAAGUGGUAUCUGUGAAACUUAUAAAUUUGGAUUUCUUGGGGAAACUGUCACCCCGUUUCACUGUCCUAGAUCUUUGAAACAAAAGCAGAUUCUGAGGUCUGAAUCACUCCAGUGCCCGGGUAAGUGCCCGGGUAAGAAAUGUUUAUGUGUUUUAAAGAAAAAUGUAUAGGAUCUUAAACUACUUAAUUAAAUCAUGCACCUUUUAACCUUGUAACCAAACUUCAAUAUUGAUCAGAAAUGUCAGGUUUUCAAAUGUCAUAUCAGGGCAUGGCAAAUCAAGAGAACUUUUAUCUCUUAAGAAUCACAUUAGACUUGAAUCAUUCCAUCUAACUGAAGUACCAUAUUGAAACAAUUUCCCCAAAGGCUUUUUGUUUGCAUCACAUGUAAAUCUAAAUCUAAAUCGAUUUUUAAUACAUCUACUCAUAUUUAUUUCAAAACAUGUUUUUAACCCUUACAUUUCAAUAUUUCCUAGUUUUAAUAGUUUUUUUUUCCCUAAGAAAUCCUGAGAUGUAUGUUAAACAGAUAUUCAAAUAAUUAUUUUCUGAAGUCAUUAAAUUCUGCACUGACUUAAACAAAUACAGAGCACACAGUCAAUACUUUUCUUCAGGUACUGUACAUGUGCAAUAUUUUAGAAGUAAAAGAAUGAUAUGCCUAAACAGUCUCCAACUUUUGGCCCUCAAUUUUGUAGUCUAUUUCCUUACGUUUUUACUCAUAUCUAUACGAGAACAAACAAAAUCACCAAAUAAAUCAUGCAAUGUUUGCAAACAAAAAUAAAGUACAGCUGCAAUGUGGAUUAUGAGAAUAAAAGCAUAAAAGCAAAGAGUGUUUUAUGUAGGACACUUUAAAACAGAAGGAGUGCAAUAUUUUAAGUGCAUGUUUUUUUGUGUGAUUUACUACACUGGGACUUUACAUAGUUUCUAGUUCCUAGUUUAAAUUGGAGUUUUUACUAAUGAAUAGCUCAAGUUAUCUUCAUUUUGUUUAGGAACAGGUAAAGGUUUUGGACCUACUUGAACAUCUUCAUUUUGUUUAAAUGGCAUAAUAAAACAUAAUUUACUUUAUAAAUAUAAUGAAACAGACUAAACAAAGUACAGCUACCCUAAAUUGAGUUGAACACCUCAUACACAAAUACAGUACAGUAUGUAACCUGCGUUUCACGUCCAGUAUAUUUUAGGAGGAGAAUUUCUGAUUACUUUCAUGAUAUGUUUAAAAUGUGAUAUUUUUAAACAGUUUUAUACAAGCUAUAGGAUGGAAAAAUGUUCCAAAACAUUUUAGUAAUGCAACCUGAAGCUCAAGACAAAUCUUAGGAUUAGUAUAAAGUUAUGUUUACCCGAUAACUGAUAUUGGCCGAGACAUAGAUUUACAGUAAACACGUUUCUGGCAAGAAAACGAAGAUGUCACGGCUCAAUUGGUGCAUUUAGGUCAGGCUCCUGAAUUUUUGUGACCAAACCUGGAGCAUUCACCAUUAACUUGAGCACACAAAGUAGCAUGGGCGGGCGAAACCUUUCAUAUGUAACUCUUAACUUUGGUCAUCAUAACACUUUACAGUGAGAUGACAGUUGAAAAUAAAAAAGCCCGCUCUGAUAGUUCACAUUAUUAACCCUCACACCUGUGAACAGUCAUAACAAAUUCAUUCUCUCUUACACACACCCAGCCGUCACCAAAUGAGACGUGAUAACGGGAUUCCUCUGAAUAUUUUACCCUUCGCAAUGUUGUUAAUAUUGCGGGUUAAAUAAACCCUUUCAAUGUUUCCACAAAGCUUUGAUUUACUCAGUGUGGUUAAUUGGCUCUGGCUAUGGUUUGGUCAUUGUUACUUCAUCUCAGGCUGUAGCACUGCUAGAGUUACACCGAACAGAGCGAUUAACUUGUUAAUCUUACAAUGUUCCCUCUCGACACUCCCAGACAGCAGCCCCCCCCCCCUCAGUGAGCAGUGACAUUGCUAGAGUGUAAUUUACACCAUUGUACCUGUGUGCCUUCAAUAGAGUUCAAUAGCAGACUCUCAAAAACACCAAUUUUUAGCAUGCUUGUUAUCAUCGCACUUUGUCAAUUCAUAUUUGAGAGGUAAUAAGCCAGUUUGAAAAGUGAACAUGAGCACUAACAAUUUCUCCAGACAUUACAACAUUAUAUAACAAAUUGUAUCAUUAAUAAUAUACUGUACAUGUUGCAUUUCUAAAGUGUUUUGGUAUGCAUAUGCCCUAACACAAAUAACAGAAUAAUACAUAGAUAUUAAACAUUUCUUUGCACAGAGAGGAGCAUACCACAAAGACACAUCUCCUGUCUGAAUGUAAACAAAAUAUAUUUUGUUAUAUAGAUGCAUAUUAUUAAAAAUGCAAGUCAGUUAUCAUCUUUAAAAACAAUAAUGGCCAAGUAUGCUUCCUUCAAGGUCUUCAAGGCCAUCUAUUGGAAACACUAACUCUCUGCUGUUACUCUUUUAUCGCUUUCUCUUUAUUGCUUUAACACUGAAUGUGUCUCUUAAAUCGAAGUACAUGAUAUUACACAAAGUAUCUGCCAUUGCUUCCUUUCUUAGUAAAUGCACUGAAUGCCAUAGAAGGAAAUAUUUCUGAGCAGAAAGCUCUCUUCUGUUCUUAAGUGGGAAUGUUACAAUCCUGUACUUUCAUGGCCAAUAUGCACUGUGAAGACUGGAAAGCUCUUGUUCAGUAAAGCACACAGAUUUUUGACAACCUACCUACUAUGUCUAAAACAAAAGCAUCAGUGAAGGCUCAGGCAUUCUUGCACAAUGCUGACAUAGAUGACCUAAUAUUUCAGAACGUUCUGACACCUUUGCAGUGGUUAAAAAAGAAUUGCUUAAUCACUCUCAGCUUGUCUGAGUCUUUUACUGUCUUAUCUGAGGUAGUUUAUGCCACCUGUUUCGCUGUUUAUUUCUGAAUCAGUGUUUCAGUGAAGAACAAUGCAGCGAGCAUUGUUCUGUCUCUGGGCUGACAGUUCUGUUUCUUCUUUCCUGCUUUCCAUCAGAUUCAAAAAGUAAAGAACCAAGCUGCAAUCAUUAACAUUUUCUAGGUAGUUUCUGUGCUGGCAGUACUGUUGACCAAAAUACUGUACCACUGCCAAAGGCUUUUUAUUACGUAAACAUUAUCUUCCUGGACUCCCUACAGUGUGUGCAGGGGACUCAAUUUCUAUCCAAACUGAAUCAAUAAUGUCCCAAAUGAAAUUAAAUUUAAAAAUAAAGGACUUGGGACCAGUCAGGAUUCCUGAGAAAAUAACAGUAUUUAGCAUUUUGCAGAUACAAUGUUUCAUCUGUAAAUUAGUUGUAAAGGCACAGCAAUACAAAGCAAAAGGACACAUGCAAUGAUGACAUAUGUUAUUUCCAGCAACAGGCUCAGUACUGUUAUGCAGAAUAUACACAUCCUGCUGAAAGAUCUCUUGCACCUUCUCUGUAAUUUUCCAAUGUAGUAAGAAGCUGGCAUCUUCCUUUUUUGUGUUUAUGAAGUGGGAUCAUACGCACAGAUAGAUUUUGAUGAAAAUUAGAAUGGCAAAUGGAUCUUGGACCUGCACAUUAGUGUUCUGCUGCAUCAGAACCAAAACAGGGCCCGUGAAAGUGACUUCUGACCAGUUCUUAUAAAAAUUAGAAAAUAUUCCUUGAAAAACAACAACAAAAGCUGUAAUAGUGAGAGAAAAGACAUGGUUUCUGUGUAAUGGGGUCGGUCACUGUACUUCCUUUUAUGAAUGCUGAGCUGUGUGUUCUUCAGGUGUCCUGAUAAUGACAGAUUGACUGUUCCUCAGACAAAUAUGGCUUUUGAUCAAGGCAAACAUUUGCCCAAACUGCUCCCACACUGGUACAGUACUUCUCAACUUAAAUAAUAAUUCAGGUGGGUAGCUGCAUCAGCAUUCGUUGGCUGCAAAGGAACAAGUAAAGGUUUAUUCCACGCUGAAAAGCGAAGAAAGGAAAUACAACAUUUGGCUCUGGAGCCUCUUCUUUUUUCAGCAUAGAAUAAAUCUUAAAUAAUAAUGAUUUUCAAUACCUCCUUCUAGCUCCCAUCUCAUGUUUCUGCAGAGCAAGUAGAUAUUCCAGUUAAUAUGUAUUUCUAAUUUGGAAUUAUUUCUAAUUACAAUACUUGCUAUGCAAGUUUAUAGACAGCUAUAGGAAGUCUCUAAAAUAUUUUUGGGUCCUUGCACUUUAAAUUAUGUUGUAAUAAUAUGCAGAUUUAAAACUUGUGAUUGUUUUACGGACAUGCAUAAUGGUAUACAUCUGAAAUCUUGCAUCUUUAGACUGCUUUUGCAAUUGGGCAUUUUGAUCACAUAAUCUGCUACAGGGCUUGUUUAAGAGGGUAACAAAAUAAAAUAUCAGAUUUACUCACCUAAAAACUAUGAUGCAUGAAUUUUACAACAGACCACAAAAGCAUUUUCAGCUCUGUAUUUACAGAAAUGAUUGACCCAUUUUUUCCUCACAAGAACUAAAACCUGCUAAUUUUUUGGAAGUCCUAUGAAAUAUUAACAAAAAAUCUAUGGAUAUGCUUCUUUUUUUGCAUAGUACUAGAACAAUAACCUAUUUGAUCUUAGUGAAAAAGAUUAUCUGAUGGGUUUUGCUUUUGAUUAAAUAUUUAAUAGUAUAGUACUUUCCAUCUAGUUCUGUGAAGUGAAUAACAUAAUGCAUGUAUUUUUGACAAAUACCCACAUUAGAUUAUGUUAAAUUGUAACAUUAUCAACAAGUUAAAAACUGCCAAAAAAAGAAAUUGAAAUAAUUCCAAAAGCUACUCUAUGUUAUUUUUAGCCUAAAGAGCUUUCAUCUUACUGGAGCUUUUAGUAAAAAGGUUAUGAUUUUUAAAUGUAUAUUUCAAUUUAUAUUAUUUCUUCAACAAUGACUGCAGUGAGAUCCUGUAGUGCCUUAAUAUCCAGGCUAAACUCAUGGUCUGGACACCCCUUUAUAUAAUUUCCUCUGAACAAAAGUGUAAUUGUAAUCAAGUCUGUAUCUGACAAAUGGUCGACUGAGGAACAAUCUCAGUUUUCUUUAUCAGGACUCUGCGAUAGCCUACUUUAAUUCCUAUAUACAUAUUACUAUAUCUAAAUGACAUCAUCUUAAAAUCCAGUCAUUAUUUCUUAAUUAUAAGUGUAGUAACCAGCAACCAGGUGGUUUCAAUGGGUGGUUAUGCUGGAAGUCAACUAUUACCCAGCUGAGCUAAUAGAACUCAAAGGCUUUGUUUAUUCUAUGCUUUCUGAAUAUUUUAUUUUUGCUGUUCUUGAGAGUAAAAUAUACAUUCUAAUCUACAUUCUGCAAUAAUGGGCUUGGACCUCCACUUUCCUUGUAGGCAAACUUAUCACGCUCUACAGUAAAAUGUCUAAUAUUUUGCCCACAGUUUGUCCUCAGGGAAAAAAAGGGGCCAUGAUUUCAAAGACACAGCUACCAAGUUUGAUUUGAUCCAAUUUUACCUAAAAGACUGUCAUGAGUUGUAUUUUUUGUUGGUGUUUUUUCUGUAAGACAAAUGUACAUAAGGUUAUUGUCAAUUCACUGGAAAUGUUUUGUACAGCUCGGUGUGUGUCUGUUAUAUUCGAUGUCUAAAGUGAUGUGUGAAAUUAUUCAAGGAGCAUGAAAGGUGAGCAAAUUUAUUACCAAAUCACAAGUAUUGGUUUAAUUUUGAUACCAAACACUGGUAAAUCUUGUAUGGUUGUGCGAAAAUAAGAUACAAUUUAAACACUGUACAGUAUUUUCUAAAUAUUUUCCUAUAGUAUACAGUUUUGUGAAUUAUAUAGAAUUAUUGUCCAGUUUAUUAUGUUUGGUAAGCACUUGUAUGCUAGUAUUGAGUCUAAGCACACAUGCUUUUGCAAUAAUCGUGUAGUAAAAACUAAAGCAAAUUAUC